UUGCGCCGCGCCCCCGCGUCGCAAGCGGACAACGAAUGAGGCAUAUAAGCGCUCCUCGGUCUGACUGGAAGCGAGGGAGGGGAAGCCCCGCCUUACAUUAGCUUACAUCUUCUUGGUGCGUGAGAUCGGAGAGUGAGAGAUAAGGAAGCUGCAGCAAGGCGACGCGAAUGGCGAUAGAGGGAGGCGGAGGCGGCGACGAGAGACCUCAAAGCAAAGGACCUGAAUUAUCACAACCAACGAGUGGAAUUGCACAAAGUGAGCCUGUUGAUGGAUCAGAACAGAAACUACCAUUUAUAACAUCGGAACCGUUACGAGAAGAUCAAGUACAAAAUGCUGUCAAGUUUCUAUCACAUCCAAAAGUGAAAGGUUCACCAGUCAUUUAUAGGCGCUCUUUUCUAGAGAGGAAAGGCCUGACAAAGGAGGAAAUAGAUGAAGCAUUUCGCCGUGUACCUGAUCCAUCUCCUAAUGCGACAAUUACUGAAACUGUUGCAACAAGUCAAGCUACUCAGAUGAGAACAUCAGCGAGUUUGCAGCCCCAAACUUCUGUCCAACCUCACCCUCCAGCGGCUGCUAAUGUUGGGGCUGCUUCUUUGGUCCCAACUUAUCAGAAACCUCGAUUCAAUUGGUCCCAUGCUUUAAUUGCCAUUGGAGUGCUAUCUGCUUCUGGAGCUGGAUCUGCUGUACUUUUUAAAGUAAAAGUGGUUCUUCCUCGUUUAAAAGCUUGGAUAAGAAGGGUAGCAGUGGAGGAUACUGGCUCUGUCAAGGAAGAUAAGGCAAGUAAAAGCCUGGCUGCAGAAACAGCUGAAGCUGUUAAAGCAGCUGCCUCAGCUGCAGCCACUGUUGCUACAGCAAGUCAAGAAUUAUUGAAUUCAAAAAAUGAAGAUAGGAAAUAUUUUGAGGCUCUCAUGGGAAUGAUAGAUGUGCAAGUUAAGGAAAUGAAAUACAUGAGCGGCGCUAUUCAGAAAUUGGAAAAGGAAAGGGAGCAACAGAAGCUGAUAAAUGAGUAUGCCCAGUAUGCCACGACAAAUGGUACGAGCAACAACUCAUGGAAAAGUUCUCAGGUCAACCAAACCGAUUCGCAAGUUAAAGUGAAUGGCACGUUAAGUACCAAUUAUGGAGCAGGGCAAUCACUAACCCCUCCUUCCGUGGAGCUCACAACUGCCUCCCACCCAAAGUCAUAUAUGGAGAUUAUGGCUAUGGUUCAAAGAGGGGAGAAACCCCCAAACAUAAGGGAGGUCAAUGAUAUGCCCCCAAACCCUAAUCAGCCACCAUCAAAACCAAUUCUUGCUCCAAGGACUAAGCCAUGGGAGAUCUCCCCAGAAAAUGGACAACCUCAAGAUGUUUCAUCAGAGCCUUGGUGGAGAAAGAAAUCUGUAAAGAUCACAGAAUUAGAGUCCGACGGCGAGGAGCCAUCUAGACAGCCAGGGGCAACUGAUUGGCCGUCGAGCCAACGAUCGUGGGUCCCACCCCAGCCGCCAUCUGUCGCCAUGCCGGAGUCCGCCGCCGCCAUUCGGCACCGGAAACCUUCAACGCCCAUUCAAGAUCAGAGUUCCGGCGAUGAUGAGAAUGCGGCGAAAAGUUCCAUUGAUAGUCAUGCAGCUGUUUCUCAACAGAGUGAGAUAGAAGAAGUGAGAGAAAAUGGUGUUGAAGUCAUUUGA